AGCAGCAUCACCUCCUCCACUUCAACAUGUUCAAGCUGAUCGCUUUCUUCGCCAUCUUGGCUGCCGCUUUCGCCGCCCCCAAGCCAGACCCAGUGACAUUGACUUAUACCGUUGGACUACCUCUAGGCUACAGUAGCGGUUACGCGGCACCUAUCAGUUACUCCUCCAUCGGCUACAACAACUACGCACCAUACGCUUCUGGCUACUAUUACGGAGCGUCGCCUUACGCUUACAGAGGACUCUACUUGUGAAGCUUCGACGGGUGAUGAAUAGAAGACGGACUACGACUGAUAGCCUUAAGCAAAUUGUGUGUCUAGGAAAUGUCAAAAUUCG